AGGAGGUCAGUAGUUAAGCUUGCAGACGAGGAAAGACAGACGAUCAGAAUCACAUAUACAAAUAACUGCACAUCGUUUCUUAAUGGUACCUUUUCACGGUCUAUAACAAUGGAUUUCCCUGUUAAUCUGAAGGUGAAUUUUAGGGGGAACGCAAAGAGUUUUCUAGUUUCUUAUUCGGAAUCGAGCUGGGAGUCGCUGGAAGCCAUGAUUCAGAGGUCGUUUGGCUUGUGCAGUCUGCAGGUGACAUACUUCGAUGAGGACAAUGAGGAGGUGUCCAUUAAUAGUCAAGAGGAAUAUGAAGAGGCUUUAAAGUGCGCACUGAAGCACGGGAACCGGUUGCACAUGAACGUGUGCGAGAUGAAGGGCCCGCCGGGCAGGGGACCAGCGAAGCCGAAGAGCGAGGGGAGGCCCAGCCAACACUGCCCCGCCCUGACCAAGACCGUGAGCCAGAGGGUCCAUUCCGCCUCCCAGGAGCAGGCAACAGCGGUUAUGAAAGAGCUCAAGGGGACCAAAGAGGAAGAUAAGACCCCUCCGGCUUGGUUUACGUCUUACAUGGAGAAGUUUAAGGACCAGGUGGUGAAGGAGGCGGUGGAGAAGAUCUGCCGCGAGUUCUCUGGGCAGUGCUGCAUCCACAAGCCAGUGGGAGCCGAUGCCCAGGUCCCGGAGGUCAGCUCCUCCUCCUCAGCCGGAGUUCCCAGCUCCACACCUGCCUGCAGCAGCUGCCAGGGCCAGACCUCGGGGGGCGGCUACCAGUGCAGCGUGUGCACGUCCUGCACCCUGUGUGAGCCCUGCAGCCUCGCUCAUGACCCCAGCCACAGCCUGGUGAGGGCCAGGACGCCCCUGUCCAUCCCAGAGCACGGAUCCCCAGGCCCAGAGCAUGCCAGGUUCCAGAGGCGGGGAGACCGGAGCUUCCGCAAGGCGGAGAAGCAGCGGCUGAAGGCGGAGAAGCGGCAGCUGAAGGCGGAGGUGAAGGAGAUCAGGAAGCAGCUGAGGAUGGAGAGGAGGGGCCUGCAGUGGAGCGCCGGCGGAGAGGGGAGCACCGCCCCCAUCCUGCUCCAGCCCCGGGCCACCCAGACCUGCUGCAUAGACAGCCCCAACCGUUCCUGCCCUCCCAUGGGGCCUGUCAUGACCGCGCUGUUCCUGGACGAGAACCUGCCAGACGGGACGCGCCUUCAGCCUGGGACCAAGUUCAUCAAAUACUGGAAAAUGCGGAACACCGGCAGCCUCUGCUGGAGCACCGAGACCAAGCUGAAGUUCAUGUGGGGGAACCUGACUGUGGCGUCCAGUGAGAAGCAGAAGGAGGUGGCCGUGCCCUUCCUUCAGCCCGGCCAGGUGGGCGUGGUGAGCGUGGCGUUCACGGCGCCCGCGGCAGAGGGCACCUACACCUCACACUGGCGCCUGGCGCACCAGGGGGAGCAGUUCGGCCCACGGGUGUGGUGCAGCAUCGUGGUGGACCCCUUAGCCCCGGCCGGAGCUGCCGACAGCAUGCUGGACUCCCCCUGCGGCACCCCACAGGUUCCUCUGCAGAAGAAGGAAGCCCCUCCCCUGGAGAAGGAGGGGCCACGUUGCCCCGCCCCCAGGGACUGCGGGCUGAUGUCGCUGGGCCUGGACUGCGAGCAGGAGUACUACAUCCCCUCGGUGGACCUGCUCACAGCGCAGGACCUGCUCUCCUUCGAACUGCUGGACAUCAACAUCGUGCAGGAGCUAGAGAGUGUCCCGAAUAACACGCCAGCUGACAUGACGCCAUGCAUGUCCCCCCUGCCCCACGACGGGCCCCUGCUGGAGAAGCCUGGCCUGGGGCAGAUUGAGGAAGAGGCCGAGACCUCGGGGGCCAGGAGCCUCCCAGAUGCGAUGCGCGGGGAGCGCAAGGAGCUGGGCAGCGUCCCGGCGCAGGAGGAGGGCGAGGAGGACAUCAGCGGGACGCAGUUCGUGUGCGAGACGGUGAUUCGCUCCCUCACCCUGGAGGAGGAGCCCGAGCACACGCCCCUCCGAAGGCCCCGCCCCAGCCAUCCCAAAGGUUGCUUUCCUGCUUCCCAGGACACCAGUUCUCAUGGUGAGAAAUGUGAGAAGAGUGUUGGGCCUGCUGUGGACACAGAGCUCAGGAAUGUAGAGGCCCCGCCCCCAGUCACACCCCAGGUCACACACGAGGAGCAGUCUGUUCCAGAGGAGGGCGUGGAGUCGGACAUCGAGAGCAUCUGCGUGGACCCCAGCGGCGAGGAGGAGGAGGGGCCGGCGGCGGCGGCGGCGGAAGGGGGGGCGGCGGGAGACGAGCGCGACGAGGUGCGCAGUCAGGCGUCCUCGGCCUCCUCCGAGGACUACAUCAUCAUCCUGCCCGACUGCUUCGACACCAGCCGGCCGCUGGGCGAGUCCAUGUACAGCUCGGCCCUGUCGCACGCCGGCGCCGAGGGCGAGGGCGAGCGGGACGAGGGCGCCCCCCGCGGGCGGGGCAGCAUCAGCGACAUGCUCUGCACCUCUCAGACGCUGGACGCCGUGCCCCUCACCCCGGUGGUGGUGCCCGCCCCUCCCCUCGCGCGCAGACGCUGCUAUCCUCGCAGGCCAGAGAGGCUGGGUGACAUGGAGCUGACGGCCGAGGUUCUGGACACGAGCGAGCUAUACCAGCCUGAGGACACGGCGGACUCUUCCAGUCCAGUCCGGUCACAGCCAACCAGCCCCUCCGAGGCCUCUGACUCCGGACCACAGACCUCCCAAGAUUCCAGGCCACAGGGAGGCAUCACCGAUGGGCUGGUGAAGGGAGCGCUCUCUGUGGCGGCAUCCGCCUACAAGGCCCUCUUCACCGGGCAGCCCGGCAACACGCAGCCCCCGACAGACUCGGCCACCCAGGAAGCCAUGAUGGCGGUGCUGCUGGAGAUGGGCUUCGGCGACCGGCCGCUCAACCAGCGGCUGCUCAAGAAGCACGGCUACAACCUGCUGGACGUGGUGAACGAGCUGGUGCAGAUGGCCGACAACGACUGGUUCGUCACGCGCUACUGAGGAACCACGCCGACGCGGACACACCCACCUGCCCCUGACCCCCCCUCCUCCUCUCUGAAAGGACUGGCACCAGCCCGGCCCACAGGAACUGUCCUGAGUGUGACACAGAAACAACAUGGGGAGGAGGGUGGGGGGUGGC